AUGAACCAACGGUCUUGCACGUGUGGUUUUACCGUUGAACUUCACGCGAGGUCAGAUGUGGAACUGCGCUACUACAUUGACCGGCCUGUCCUAACUCAACAAGACCUUUACCUUCUAAGUGAAUAUCAGUCAGAAAGACCCAGCCUCACGCGCCGAGAACAGUGUCGCACUGUGGUGAAAACAGUUGCUUCCUUCCUAUUACCCCGAUUUCUCUUCCAUCCAAAAGAAUACGAGGAUGAAACAAAACCAAGUUGCAAAGUUCGGUGCGAAAGAUUCUGCAAUAGUUUCGGAACCUGGUUACUGACGUUUUUACCAUUUAUCACAAUCCUCCGGAAAUACCAGUGGAAGACAUGGUUAUUGAACGAUUUCAUUGCUGGACUCACAGUGGGAAUAAUGCAUGUGCCGCAAGGCAUGGCUUAUGCCUUGUUGGCGACCUUACCACCGGUGUACGGCUUAUACACUUCGUUUUUCCCGGCAAUAGUCUACUUCUUUUUCGGAACUUCAAGGCACAUUUCUGUGGGUGAGUUAAAGAAACGUGUUUCAUCCUUAACAGGGCUGUAUUAG